UAAAAGUGAAAAGAUAUAAAUAUUAAAGCACUUCAAGUGAAAGAUAUAAUAUGUUGGUGGUGAUAGUAAGAUCGUAUUAAAAUGUAUAAAACUUAUAUUGAGGAUAUCAACUUUGUAUUACACCAAUCCAUCAAAUCCAUGCAAAAAAAUGAAGAAAAAUUUUCUUCUUCUUCAUCCUUUCCAACGCGUUCCCCUUACAAAAUCCGCCAAGUUAUCUGCAACAAAAAAUUCCACCGCCGAUCACAAUCUCCAAAACCCUUUUUUGCAAUGCAGAAAAGUCCCUCAACCUCUUCCUUAGGUCCCGGCGGCCUCGACCUUUCUCAAGCCUUCUUCAAACCAAUCCGCGACGCCUCUCCUCUAUCCACCUCAAAUUGCAACACCAAAAUCUCUGUCAUCGGCACUGGAAACGUCGGUAUGGCCAUCGCUCAAACCAUCCUCACUCAAGAUCUGGUCGAUGAACUCGUCCUCGUCGACGCCAAGCCCGACAAACUCCGUGGCGAAAUGCUAGAUCUCCAACACGCUGCUGCUUUUCUCCCUCGUACAAAAAUCAGCGCCUCCACUGAUUACUCCAUUACUGCUAGAUCUGAUCUGUGUAUUGUUACUGCUGGUGCUCGGCAGAUCGCCGGUGAAUCUAGGUUGAACCUAUUGCAGAGGAAUGUUACUCUGUUUCAGAAGAUCGUUCCGCUGUUGGUUCAGUUCUCUCCUGAGACGAUUCUUUUGAUUGUUUCGAAUCCGGUGGAUGUUUUGACUUAUGUUGCUUGGAAACUCUCUGGUUUUUCGUCGAAUCGUGUGAUUGGAUCGGGAACGAAUCUGGAUUCAUCUAGGUUUCGGUUUCUUAUUGCGGAUCAUCUCGACGUUAACGCUCAGGAUGUUCAGGCAUUCAUAGUUGGAGAGCAUGGCGACAGCUCGGUGGCACUAUGGUCGAGCAUAAGUGUGGGUGGGGUGCCGAUCCUAAGCUUUCUAAAGAAUCAACAAAUCGCCUACGAGAAAGAAACAUUAGAGAAAAUUCACAAAGAGGUCAUAGGUGGGGCUUACGAAGUCAUAAACCUUAAGGGCUACACAUCAUGGGCGAUCGGGUACUCUGUCGCAAGUUUAGCUCGGUCGAUCCUUCGAGACCAAAGGAGGAUCCAUCCUGUCUCUGUUAUUGCAAAAGGGUUUUACGGUAUCGAGGGUGGUGACUUGUUCCUUAGCCUGCCUGCACAACUUGGGAGGGGUGGAGUAUUGGGGAUCACCAAUGUGCAUCUAACAACAGAGGAGUCGAAACGGUUGAGGGACUCCGCGAACACCAUCUUGCAUGUGCAAGCUGAACUGGGGAUCUGAAAAUUUCAUUACAUUUUCUAUCCUAUGGAUGUAUUGAUGUGUUGUUGUGGUGAUGUUUGUGUUUGUUCUAAGGUUGGUUGUACAGGAAAGAGCAAACUAUGGGGUGAGAUUGAUAAUGUUUUUCUUUUUUAUUACCCCUUUAGAAUUUUACACUUAAUUACAUAUGAUAAAUGUAUUAACUAUGAUAAUACAAGGAAUGAUAUCAUGAUCAUGCUGGAUUAAGAUGCUA